AUGCCACGACCCACACGAGGAAAUAUAGAUCGGCGGACGCGUCAUGCAAAUGCUACAGCAUUACAAAGGCGAUCACAGACUCCAGAUCAACGAGCACAAACUAAUGCAUCGCAGCGUGAACGUAAUGCAGGAAAUAGAUCUGUUGUACCUGAAAUUAUGCGUGCUGCUUUUAAUUAUAACAGUCAGAUUAAUUACAGUAUGUACGGAUAUAUUGGAAUAAUGGACGCAAUAUGUCCACAUUGUGAUGCGGCUAAAUUUCCAGGUGAAACGCCCGGCAUGUGUUGUGCUAAUGGCAAAGUGAGAUUACCACCAUUAGAAACUCCACCCGAACCAUUGUCUUCAUUAAUUUUUGGGACUUCUGAAAAUUCGAAGCUCUUUUUGAGUCAUAUUCAACAAUACAAUUCGGUAUUUCAAAUGACUUCUUUUGGUGCUACUAACAUUAUUAGAGAUAAUUUUAUGCCGACGUUUAAGAUUCAGGGCCAAAUUUAUCAUCAAGCUGGUUCGUUAUUGCCAUACCCCGACGCUGAUUAUCAAUUUUUGCAAAUUUAUUUUAUUGGUGAUGAAAAUCGUGAAUUGGAUCAACGCUCUGCAAUUGCUUUGAAUACAAGAUGAGAAAUUAUUUGUGUGCUACAAAGGUUUUUCCAUCAGCAUAAAGCAUUAGUUCAAUUGUUCAAAAUUGCUCUCGAUCGUAUGCCCUCUGAUCAUCACAAAAUCGUAAUAAGGGCUGAUAGAACACCUUUUGGAGAGCAUG